AUGAAGGGUUUCGCUCUCCUGUCGGCCCUCGCCGCCGUCGGCCUCGUCUCUGGCUCCCCGACCAAGCGUGCCGACCCGACUCCCAUCACCAUUAAGGGCAACGCCUUCUACAAGGGCAACGAACGCUUUUACAUCCGUGGUAUCGAUUAUCAGCCCGGCGGUGACUCUGCCCGUGUCGACCCCCUCGCCGACAAGGAAAUUUGCUCCCGUGAUAUCGAAUGGUUCAAGGAUCUUGGCGUCAACACCAUCCGCGUUUAUACCGUGGACAACUCGGCCGACCACACCGAGUGUAUGGGCCUUCUCGCCGACGCUGGCAUUUACCUUGUCCUUGAUGUCAACAACGGUCUCUACUCCCUCAACCGCGCCGCGCCCGCUUUGUCCUACAACGCCGCUUAUCUGCAGAGCAUCUUCGCCACCGUCGCCGAGUUCGCCAAGUACAAGAACACUCUCGCUUUCUUCUCGGGUAACGAGGUCAUCAACGAAAAGGGCAACGAGUUCAACGCCCCUUACAUCAAGGCUGUCACACGUGACUUGCGCGCCUUCAUCAAGGCACAGAACCUUCGUGCUAUUCCGGUCGGUUACUCUGCUGCUGAUGUCUCUGAGAGCCGUUUCCAGACUGCCGUGUACAUGAACUGUGGUCCUGAUGAGGUCCGUUCCGACUUCUUCGCCUUCAACGAUUACUCGUGGUGCAACAGCGACUUCAAGACUGCCGGCUGGGACGCCAAGGUUAAGAACUUCACCGACUAUGGCCUGCCCCUCUUCCUCUCCGAGUACGGCUGCAACAAGAACACUCCCCGCAAGUUUGACGAGGUCCAGGCUCUGAUGAGCAAGGAGAUGACGGGUGUCUAUUCCGGCGGUAUAAUGUACGAGUACUCGUACGAGGAGUCCAUGUACGGCAUCGUCGACAUUGAUGGCAAGGCUGGCAAGGGCAAGGUCACCAAGCACAAGGGCGGUGCCGAGUACGACAACUUCAAGAAGUCUCUCAAGGACAACGCUGCCCCCAGCGGCGACGGUGGUGCCUCCUCCAACUCGCACUCCUCUUCGUGCCCCGCCAAGAGCUCAGACUGGAACGUCGACCCCAAGCUUCUGCCUGAGAUGCCCAAGGAGGCUCAGAAGUACAUGAAGGAGGGUGCUGGCAAGGGCCCUGGUCUGUCGGGCUCUGGUUCUCAGACUGCUGGUGACUCUGGUCUCUCCACCAAGAACGUUACCGCUGACGGCAGCGGCUCUAGCGGCAGCAGCAGCGACAAGGAUAACGCCGCCGCUCUUUCUGGCUCGUCGAUGGUUGGCACCCUGGCCUCUGUCGCCGUUGCUCUCGUCGGUUCCAUGCUUCUGUAA